AUGAACUAUUGUAUUGAAGAAAAUGUGGAACUUACACCUUCGGGUGCUGGAGUUGUUGUGCUCGCUGUUCCUGGCUUUACCCUCGAAAAAUUAGGGUUGAUUAGGGGCAUCGAACCUGGAACAAUUGUGUUAGAUGUUACAAAUAGAAGAAAUAUAAUCUCUGAGGGAAAACUCUCCCAGGCUGAAUGUUUAUCAAAGAGAUUACCCGAGGGAGUUUUCUUAGUAAAAUCCUUGUGCACACUUGACAUUGAAGAUUUAACUGGUUCAUCCAAUUGUGUAAAAGAUGUACCUCUAUGUGGAGAUUCUUCUUGGGCAAAAAACUUUGUAAAAACGAUAAUAAGGCUUCUAGGACACCGAGAUGUUGAUUAUGGAGAUUUGAGCAAAUCUCGAGAAAUAGAAAAUAUGCCACUUAGACUUUUUCCAUUGUGGAGAUCAGCGGCUGGAAUAUCAGUCACUACUUGGCUUCUUCUAUUCCUGAUAGACUGGAUCAGAGAAUUGGUGUGUACACACGGAGAGAAAACGUGGGAUCGGGACGCCAUUUUAUUUGGGCUAUUCUCAACUGUACAGCAUGCAUCAGCUGGCCAGGCUCUUAUACUUCUAUCAGCAAGCAAACUUCCAUCAACUAUAGAGGAUUAUAUCUAUCUUAUCCGAGGUACUAAAUAUCUCCAGCUUCCAAACUGGUUAGUUCGCUGGAAAGAAUUGACCAGUAAACUACUCCCAAUGAUUCUAUUCUCUACAGUUGUACACUCCUGGCUUUCUAUCUUUCUACAGACAUAUUCCAGAUCUUCUUUACCUGCAGGUAUUAUUUCUUACAUCUUCCUGGUGCUGGUUGUCCUGCUCCUGCUCCCAGUUGUCAAGCUCUCCAGGACGGAGUUAAAUCUAUUCUUCUCCGUCCUAUCCUGGCUCUCUCUCCUCCUAGCAUACACCCACACUGUUCUAGCCAGGUGGCAGGAUUUGACAAGGCUAACUUGUGUUCCAUCAAUAUUCCAGUUGUCUAUCCUACUCCCUUCUCUAUCUAUACCAGCUCAUAUUCCUCUUAUUCUACCCUGGAUCAGGAGGAAAGUAAUGAAUAUCAGAAACGGACAUGUUUACAGUGGUAUCUACUACCAGAAGUAGAAAAACUACACAUCUACAAAUUGUUUAGUUUAUUACAAAAUCUAAAACUAGUCAGAAAUUCACAUCAUGACAUGUAAGAGACGAUAGAAGAUUUGGGCUUAAAGGAACUGUGUAGUUGUAUUAUUGAGUAAACUUCACUAGUGUUGUUAGCUUAAAAAGUGUUCAUUUCUAACACUUGCAUCCAUUGUUUUUGUAUCAGAAAUCGCAGAAAUACCACAUUUAAAAUACUCAAUUUUAAAGAGAACUUAUGAUGUGUGUGUGUCCCAUGACAAAGUACUAAAGAACCUAUGAUGUGUGUGUGUCCCAUGAUAAAGAGAACCUAUGAUAUGUGUGUGUCCCAUGACAAAGUACUAAAGAACAUAUGAUGUGUGUGUGUCCUAUGACAAAGUACUAAAGAACCUAUGAUGUGUGUGUGUCCCAUGAUAAAGAGAACCUAUGAUAUGUGUGUGUCCCAUGACAAAGUACUAAAGAACCUAUGAUGUGUGUGUGUCCUAUGACAAAGUACUAAAGAACCUAUGUGUGUGUGUUCCAUGACAAAGUACUAAAGAACCUAUGAUGUGUGUGUGUCCCAUGACAAAGUACUAAAAGACACCACGUAAAUCGAACAUGCCACUCUAUAAAUAAAGUUACUCGUAAUUACGUUUUCAGUCUUUUUAGAAAAGACAAAC